GAUAUAUAUCAAUACAAAUUUCAAAAUUAAAAUAUUAAGAUCUCAGUAGUUUUCAAUGCAAAUUUUGAAAUUAACAUAUUUAUAUAUUUUAUAUAGUAUAUAAUUUAAUUAAAUUAUAUUAAUAUAUAAUAUGAAUAUAUUAAUGAGAUUUCAUAUUCAUAUUAUUUAUGAUCAUUUGUAUCUUGCUUGAACAAAAGAAAGUUAAACCGUUGAUCACAAAUUUUUUUAAUGUGAGACUUUUACCAUUUUUAGUAAUUUAUAGUCUUUAUAAAAACUCAAAAUAUAACAUAUAAGAAAAAAUCUAAAUUUUUUUAUUAUAUGCUUAAUGUGAUUGUUUAAUAUAUUUUAAUAAUAUAAAAUUAAACAAAAAAGAAAGAGGAUACAAAAAUUAUUAUCAAACAUGUAUUUUCAUAAUCAUUAAUUAUCAUAUAUAUGUUAAUUAUAUUAGGAUUUUGUAGUUUUUAUUUAAGGAAAGAAUUGAGAAUAUUAUUUCAUACACUACGAAUCAGUUUGAUAGUUAGUUUAAUAAAAAGUAUGAUAUAUAUAUAUAUAUAUCUAUAUGAACCAAUUUAUUUUUCUAAUGAUUCUAAGAAUCAUACUAGUGAUGAUAUGUUGUUACGAAAACAUAUUGUAAUGCUUCAAGAUUAAUAUAUAAGGGAUAAACUAUAAUAUUGCAUCUUUAAAUCAAAUAAAUACUGGUAUUUAUUAUAUAUUAUAUAUACACAUUUAUUUUCUAUGAAUUAAGCAGAAAUUCUUAUUUCGACAUUAUAUUGUUCUCUUUGAUAUGAGGUAAUAAUUUAAAAUUUAUAUUCUAAUGGUUACCUUAAGUUCGUUUGUCUUUGUUUUCUUAAGUUAUUAGCUUUGUUUUUGUUGUAUGUUUUAUUUCAGAUUUUACCAAGUCAUAGACCGCACUCUUAGAUUUCAUGUUUUUUAUUAAUUAGUGGUAUGUUUGUGUCAAAAGAGGUCAUGAUAUAUUCAAAAUAUAGUAAGUAAAUCAUAUUACUAAGCUUGAGCAAAAUCAUGCAUAAUACCAAGAAUACAAUGCUCAUCGUUUGGUUUAUUUUUCCAAAACAUAAGCUACUGCUUGUACAUAAAACGGUUUUUGGGCUUGAAUUAAUUUUACAUUCUAUUCCAAAAAAAAACAAUCAUGCAUAUUCAAAAUUAGUAUAUAUAUCGUGCAUGGGCAUGACGCAUGACAAUCAUCGAGUAUUAAUUAUAGAGUUGGUAUCAAAUAAACAUAACCAUAGUAAUUUCGACAUAUAGUUUCAUAAUCAAAUUGUGCAGAAAUGUUCAGUUGAAUGAUGAAAACGUGCAGGAUUUGUGUUGACCCCUUUUACGAACGGAGUGGAAGAAGGGAUAGUAUCCUCAUUUGUGUAUCUGCAAUAAUAGGUUACAAAGGUACAUAUAUUAUAUUGUUUUGAUCAAUCAAAGAGAUAUGAAAAUGUGAAAUGAUGAACAAAAAAAUCGAAUGAUUAUCAAACGCCACUAACUCAGUGAAAUUAUCAUAGUAUCUUGACACUGCCCGAUUUCAAAAUUUGAACGAACAGAAGGAAAAAAAUGAGAUCGAGUUUGUAGGAGGUUUGGUACAUAUGAGAGAAAUGUGUAACAAGAAUAAGGAGAAGUAGAGGUGACUUGGGGGGCCUCACGUGAGUUGUUGUUGACAUAUUGCGUCAGUGCAUAUAACAUUAUAGUAUUUCCAAAAGUCGCUAAGUCAAUUAUUACUGUAAUAAUAAUGUCACCACUGUUUCUUAUCUGUAAAUACUAUAUUGUCAAUAUCCUUCUCAGAAAAUCUAAUAUCAGGAAUAUUUGUCGGACUUCAUUAUGAUAAUUAGCAUAUAAACAUCGAUUUGUCGACUUCAUUGGACAAUUUCCAACGUAUCUCUACGAUAGAAAUCUUUAAAAUAAAAUAAAAAAAUAGAAAUAAUUUUUUUGUUCCAAUGUGUUCUUCUACAGUAGAAAAUUGCUAUAUUUAUUUCUAUAAAUAGAAAAUUGCUAUAUUUGACUCAUAACAUAUAUAUGUAGAGUAUGAAUGGUUAAUAGAAUAAAAUGGUGAAAAAUGAAAAAAAAAAUGGUGGAAAAUGAGAUGAAAUAAAGGAAAUAAAUUUAAAAAAAUUAAAGUAAAGUUUUCCAUUUGUUUAAAAUGAAUGGAGAAUUUAUUAUAGUUUUCUUUUUUUUUAUAACUUCCAUCUUAUUAUUAAUGUAAAUUCGAAGAUACAUAGUCUUUAUGUAAGUUAUGUGUUACAUGUUUAGAAUAAACUGUUGGAAAACUUUUUUCAUCUGAUUGGCAAAAAAAAAUGAGAGUAAAUAUUUACUCUAACAAGUAUAUACAUUCCUAGAUGAGUAAACUGUUUAACGUUUAGUUCGCGUUAGGCUGAUACAAUCAACCUAGUGUUUAUUAAUCGUCAUGAUAUUGAUAUAUUAGUCAAGAAGAUCAUAGUUAAUCCAUAUUUGAAUAAAUAAAUACUGGUUAAGUUGGUAGUUCAAAAUGGAUUGUUUGUACUUUUGUAUACAGAUCGGAAAUGAAAACUGUAAUAUUUAAAGACGGAUUUACUUUUGAUUUUAUACAUAUCUAUAUCAGGUGUCUGAUUCAUCAAGACAUUUAACUGACCAAAUAGUUAAAUUUUCCGCACAAAAAUUAUUUAGUAACAUUAGAUUAAUCAUCGAGUUUCUUUUUGUUAAUUAAUCUUGGAUCGAGAGAAAUAAAGAAACAAGUGUAUUAACUAUUCAAAGAAUUAUUAUUUUAAAAAUUAAAUGUAUUAGUUCACAUUAAAUUAAGGGAAAAUUGGAUAAAUAGGACACUUUGAACUUGGAUUUGUCACAUUAGGAUUUGUAGAAGAUAUUUUAGGAAAAUAGGAUUUUAGAUCUUGUAAAAUACCAAAGUACCCUUAAUUUACCAAUUAUGUUGAAUUUAAAUUAUAAAUUAUAAUAAUUUUCGUAAUAGAUUUUAAUGUUAAAAUUAAAAUCCAUAAAAAUUAAAAAAUAAAAAAAACACUAAAUGGGAAAAAAGGAGACGCGGGAUGCCGCAAACCUAAUUCCCCUUUCUCUUUGUCUUCUCCGUCGUAGACUCGUCGCUCUCUCACGGCGAUUUAGGGUUCAACGGUGAGAAGCUCUGUUCUUCGUCGGUGUUUCAUCAGCCCGUGGUCUCUACUCUCGUCUCCGUCACCAUCCUUUUCGAUCUCACUGAAGACACAAUGGCUGCGAAUCGUUCUUCCUCUUCGUCGGGUCAAAUCGAUUUUCGAAGUGUUCUUCCAUCAAUUUCGCCUCUCAAUCUCACAAUUCUUCACAGAAGGUAUUGGAUUUCAUCUAUAGAUUCUCAUAUUAAACGAAAUCGAAGUGUUCUUCCAUUAAAGCUUGAUUUUUUUUAAAAAUGAUUUGGCGUGUUUCUUAAAAUAAUUUUGUUUCACGGAUUGGUUAAACAUCUUAUACAUUAUUAUUUGUGUGAUGAUAUUGAAACCUUUACAUGUUGAACUAAUAAUUUUGUCACAGUUUGUAGCUAUGUCUGAGGAGCUACCGAAGAGGCUUUUUAAGGAGGGCGAGGAGCCCCGAGUUACUCAGAUCAACAACAACUGCAGGAUCGACUACAUAAUCCGAAAGUUCCAAGCGUGGCUGCCAAAGGAGUUGGAUGUCGUGAAGAAAGACCCGGUUUUUCAUCAGAUUUUUAAGCUCCAUGAGAAUGGUCUUGGAUACUCUGCGAGGGUGAUACACAGCUUCUUGUGUAGGGAGCUGGUGACUUUCUUACAGCACGAGCUAUGGUUUGUCUUUGCGAGGAGACCGCUUCGAUUCUCAUUGCAAGAGUUCCACGCCGUAACCGGGUUUGAAUGCGAUACUCACAUUUCGAUUGAGGAGUUUGAAGAGUGGAAAUAUGAUGGUGGUUUCUGGAGCAAGGUUUUGAGGAGAAAAGAUGGAACAAUUACACUCUUCAACCUGUGGACUAAGGACAAGGAAGCUGUAAAGAAAUGGAAGAAUGCAGAUCGCAUACGUCUUAUCUACUUGGCGAUCAUUCUUUGUGUGGUAUUGGCGAGAGAUGAGAAGGCUAAUAUCCCCCUGAAGUACAUCGCGGUGGUCAUGGAUCUUGACAGAGUUCGAAGGUAUCCUUGGGGAGUUGCUGCUUAUGACCUUCUCUGCAAAUCCAUAGCCAAAAAUCGUUCCCAACUGAAGGAAAAGACCACUAGCUAUGUCUUGGAUGGCUUCUCAUACGCCUUGCAGAUUUGGGCAAUGGAAGCGGUGCCAAAAAUCGGGAAGCUUUGUGGAAAAAAGCUGGAUAAGGGUUUCAAGGACGGUCCUAGAUGCAUAAACUGGAUGGGAGCUGCGAAGGUGUCAUAUGAGGAGAUCAUUCGCUUGGAGGAGAUUAUUACACCCAAGGAUGACAUCUACCCAUACAUCUCAUGGACAGGAAAUUAUGAUGUUGUCAAAGCUCAGGCGUUUCGCAGAGAUGAUGAUGUGGAGGAUGACAGAAUCAAGGUUCUGAUGGAGAUGAUAAAGAAGGGGCAUGAUUUUAGUGAGCAUGUUUGGGAAACUGAAGAAAAUGAAGUGAUUUCUUUAUCUCUCGAUGACGAAUCAGCUGUGAAUGAUGAAGCAAGCGUGAAUGUUGAAGCAGCCGAGAGUGAUGACGACUUUCAGACUCCGAAAGGAUCAAAAAACGUUGGUUCUAGAUCAAAGAGGGGUAAAAAGAGGCUUCCCGAUCGUGGUAUGGAGAAGAGAAAGCAUAAGGUUCUCGCAAGUGGCGCAAAGCAAGCUCCUUUUAAUGAAGACAUGAAGGCUUUUAUGACACAGUUGUUUGAGCACAACUUCUCUGGAAUGGAACAAAGGAUACAGAAACAGAUGGCCGAGACAUUUGAGCAGAUGCGGACAGAGCUUAAACAAUCACGUAAGGAAGCCAGCGUUGAAGUUGAGCUUGGAGAGCCUUCACCGACAAAGCCAUCGACGAGCCAGGCACCGUUGAGGAGGUCCACACGCGGGGUAAACAAACACUAGUCUUCACCAUCCUCUUCAAUGUUAUUUUGUCUUGUUUAAGUUCGUGGUUUGCGUGUCUGUUUGUUUUAUUGGCAUCUAAGUUAUCGGCCUGAAUUUUGUUGUACUUUAUAAGGUCUCGGUUUGUAUGUGUGCUUGGUGUGUAAGUGUUCUUGGUUUGUAAGUGUCUUGUUUGAACUUAUGUAAUGGUCUGGAACUUUUAUGUAAAAUAAUUAUUAAUGAUAAUGUAUUUUGGUAUCUCAAUUA